AUGGUGAGGAGCCCAACCGAACUCUGCGCAUUGGACGAGAAUCUCGAGAAGCACGAGAUUCCGCAGAGGCUUGCCUUCGAGGUUGAAGUCCAACGAUGCAUGGCCAAAUACCAUGAUUCCCUCGUUGGGGAAGCUGAGUAUCGUGUAUACGAGACGCUUGUCCAGAUGUGUGAACAAGAGUUGAACAGUGUGGCUGAUCGAUACCGCAGCUCCAUGGACGCCUACCUUACCCUCCAUCUCCAAACCACACAGCUCCACCUAUAUACGCUGGCCAUACUCAGAAUGAAAUCAGGACUAGGAAAGACAGGACAACCCGAUACCCGAGAUCACGUCAGCAGAUACCAGAAGCUCGGCAUGCUAGCCGCUCAUCGUGUCAUUGACACCUAUUGCGACAAUAUACGAUUUCCGGAUACGCGUCUGAUCGAUGUUCAUCGUGCUCUUCCUAACCAAACUUUAGUCAGCGUCCUGCAUGCGACGUUCUUUCUUCUCAGAUACUUCGUCCUCAAUCUUGCCUGCGAAGGUGAUAUCAAAGCCGAGUCUACGAGCAAAGUGCUCAUGGUCCAUGCUAAGCUCAAAGAGCACACCUCACAUCAGUUUGCAGAGCCCGGUCGAGCAGCUGCUGUGAUCGAGGUCCUCUGGCGACAUGGUGAAGAACAAGUCUCAGAUACCAGCGAGGACAUUGAUGACCGCGGUGACGCGUCACUUUCCUGGAGCGCUCUCAUUGCGGCGGCGAAUCUUCGUAGAAAGCGGAAUCUCAAGGCUGUCUGGCUGUAA